AUGGCCACGCCAUACAACAUCCACGUGAAACCGCAUGAGUCUGGUCUCUUGCGGUUCUCACAAGACAAUGCUUCUGCCGAUAAAGUCUCAGAGCUUCUACAGAAAGAUAUUGAGAACCACCACGUUUUCUUCAACACCGGGGGCUUCCAUAACCACAUUCCUCAUCAUCUUCUCACACUAUACGGCACGGGCGCUGGCCCCUCUGCCCUGCAGGCAGCCUUCUCCAAGAACGCUUCCUACCAGAUUCGCGCGUCGACACCAGACUCAUCCAUCGUAGGGGAGCUUCAGACAGACUAUCCCGCGGCGGCCCCCAAGUAUCUAGGCAAGGGCAAGCACUAUGCCGCCUUUCUGCGCUUCUUCCAGACCGAGAUGGAGACCAAGAGUUGGCAGGACGUGCUGAAGGAGUACAUCUUCAAGGAGGACGACGCUACCGCAAAGGACCUCUACGAGAGGCUCUUUGCCGGCUUCCUGCACCCCAUGAUUCAGCUCAUGUUUGGUGUCGAGUGGCAGCAGCCUGCCAUUGUCGCCGAGGCUCUCGCCCAGACGGCAGUGCACGACAAUUGGCUGGGCGGCUUCCUCGCCGAGGCGGAGAAGCGUGCAGAGCAGCUUGAGCCCGGCACGUACCGACCCUUGACAGAGCUGUUUGAGGAGCUGCAUGACAAGAAGCAUGCGAAGCUCGCUCAGAGCGCUCGACUCGACGACAGCCAGAAGAUCCGUGACGGCGUCAUGGCGAGGGCGCCUGAAGAGGCGCUCGACUACAUCAGUCAGAUCAAGGUCCGGCCUGAGGAACUGGAGGAGAGAACGGCCGAGAUGGCGCAUAAUGCUGCCUACAUUGCUGCGGCGUCUUCGUGGCAUCCGCCCCAUGUCCCCAAAUAUGACUUCUUUUUGAUUCACCAUCUCAACGCCGUCCCCAUCUUCCUCACGAUCAAUGAGCAAGCCUGGAUCCCGACAGCCCUCAAGGUCCGGUUUUUAGAGUGGAAGAUGCGUAUCGAUGUGGUCCAGUACAUCGCGCGUGGCUGUCCUCCACUCCACCCAGAAGCUCUGCACUCCUUUGCUAUGAAGGAUGGAACCGCAGCUUCGGAGCCCAAGGAGCUGUUGCCCAGAUUCCAUGGUAUCAUGGACGAUGGCCAUACGAUCAAGGUGGCGAGGUCGCUGCUCAUCGCACAAGAGCAGACGAACAAGUUCGGAGAGGACAAGCCGUGGCUCAAGAUUAAGGGCGACGACUGGCUCAGGGCCCAUUACUUGCUGCUGGAGGGCACUGAAGGCGAGCAGGACUCGAAUUGGGUCAGGUCAGCCGGGUUUGAGGGUGCUUGGAAGGAUGUACCAAAAUUGUAA